GCCGCCGCGGCCGCCGCCAACAUGGCCGAGACGAGCGAGGAGGUGGCGGUACUGGUGCAGCGGGUGGUGAAGGACAUCACCAAUGCCUUCAGGAGGAACCCGCACAUAGAUGAAAUUGGCCUGAUCCCAUGUCCUGAAGCUAGGUAUAACCGGAGUCCCAUAGUCCUGGUUGAAAACAAACUUGGUGUGGAGAGCUGGUGUGUCAAGUUCCUUUUACCAUAUGUCCACAACAAGCUCCUUUUGUACAGAACGAGAAAGCAGUGGCUGAACAAAGAUGAAUUGAUAGAUGUCACAUGCACCCUGCUACUUCUAAAUCCAGACUUUACCACUGCAUGGAACGUAAGAAAAGAGCUGAUCCUCUCAGGUACUUUAAAUCCAAUUAAGGACUUACAUCUGGGAAAACUGGCCUUAACUAAGUUUCCGAAGAGUCCAGAAACAUGGAUUCACAGGCGAUGGCUGCUACAACAGCUAAUUCAGGAAACCUCCUUGCCUUCCUUUAUGACCAAAGGAAACUUGGGAAUAAUUCCUGCAGAAAGGACACAGCAACUAAUACGAGAAGAGAUGGAGGUCUGUGGUGAAGCAGCAGGGAGAUACCCAAGCAACUAUAAUGCCUGGUCUCAUCGCAUCUGGGUUUUACAGCACCUGGCUAAGCUGGACACCAAGAUUCUUCUUGAUGAACUAUCUUCUACUAAACACUGGGCAUCCAUGCAUGUUUCAGACCACAGUGGAUUUCACUACCGCCAAUUUUUAUUAAAGUCUUUGAUUAGCCGAACUGUGACUGACGGUUCUGUAUUGGAGCAAAGUCCUUUGAGAAGUGAGUCAACUGUAGUUCUCCCAAAAGAUGAAGAAGCAGUGGCUUCAGCAGAGGAAUCAAGGAUAAAUCUUCCCCAUCUUCUAGAAGAAGAAGUUGAAUUCAGCACUGAUCUUAUUGAUGCCUACCCAGGACAUGAGACCCUUUGGUGUCAUAGGCGGCAUAUUUUCUACCUUCAGCAUCACUUAAAUGGUAGGUUUCCUCACAGCAUGAUCCAGUUGCCACCUGCCGACAGUCCUGGGGGAACUUUGAGUGACUUGCACAGUAUCCCAGCAGGCCCCCACACAUCUCAGGCAAUGGAGGUGGAUGGACUUAGUGACUUUAGCAAGCAAGGCUAUUCCCAGGAAAUCAAACGCCUGAAGCGGACUCCAGCUCCAGACUCCCUGGGCCUGGAAAUGGAGCACAGGUUCAUCGAUCAAGUACUGUCCACCUGUCGGAACGUGGAACAAGCCAGGUUUGCCAAUGCAUACAGAAAAUGGCUGGUUACAUUGAGUCAAUGAAAGAGGUGAAUUAGUCCUGCAAAGUUCCCCUUUUUAGUGCAAUAUCGCUUUUCUUUCUUAUUUACAUAAUUGCAUGAACUGUUUGCUACUAUUGGCUAACUAUAUAUUCUUCAUCUUUAGGCUAAAAGUCCCUAGUAAAUCUUUCAUUCUAUUUAUUUUGUUAAGAAUUGGCAUUCCUUUGGCGAUAAAAUAAUUGUGUAGUUCCUUCUUGCUGAACAGUGAGUCUUAACUUUUUUCUUUUUGACUUCUCAUCCUGUAUAUUCCUAUCUUUGAGACUUUUCUCAUUUGAUUCUCCAGAUGGGUUCACACACACCUCAGCCCACCUCAGUGCAGUUGCUGUAUAGGCUUUUUUUUUUUUUUGGUUAUCAAAAAGUUAUGCUAUAGUUUAGCUUAAGAAAUACAAUUUCAGAAUUACUUAUCUAAUUGUUGUUUGGAGAAUCAGAUGGCCAGGUGGAUGAAUUUGUGAAAAUACACACCAUUUCUCUUUCACUAGCAUGUUAUACUCAAGUCAUAGGCCAACAUAACCGGUCAGAAAUAUUGGAAUUUAUAUGAACAACAUAGUUCUAAUAUAAUCCAUUUUUAAACUAAUUAUUUUAAAAAACUAAUUUUAUGAGUUUAUGCAAUUGUAGUGGAAACUUAUUUUUACUACUAGCUUUGAUAAGUUUUUUUACCUCAAUUAAAAUCAAUUUUUAAAAAACCUAGAAUGCCAUUUUUAGUUAUUAAUACUUAUUUUUCUCCAAAUUCACCAUGCAAUAUGGCAGGCUUAUGCAUAGAAAUGUAUCCAUUAAAAACCUUACUUUGUAAAGUUUUUAAGUUACUGAGGAUACACUGGAUAAAGUAUAAAAUUUUUAUGAAGGGAUUAUUAAGUUUACUGGCAAAAACCAGGGGGAAAGAAUAGUUGUGAAGGUUAGUUCUUCAGUCUAUUUUAAAAAAUAAAACAAUUUAGAAACUUUGAUGCUGAAUUUAUCAGGGAUGAGGUACCAAAGUAUCCAUCUUAUAUGUUCAAUAAUAAGGGCUGCAUUUUUCAGAUAGGUGAGACAGAUGUGGUGAAAGUACCAGGUAAUAUCUGAUUUAUUGAUAUGAAGCAAUGCUUUGCAUUUCUUCUUUCCACACCUUUCUCUUUAUUUUCCCCAUCCAUGGUUUUUUCCUUGUCUAUUAUAUUUCAUGGAUGUAAACUAAAGAUAUUCUCCUGUUUCCAGUUAAUUCCAUACCCCAUUAAACACACAAAAUAUGAAUAUAAAUUGCCCCCUUAAAAGUUACCCUAAUGAUGCUGUCUAUUAUCCUAUGUGUAUAAAAUGUAGUAAUGGCUGAAACAGUGUGACCACUAUGCUCUGCCUGUUUUCCUCUUUUUAUUCUAGGCUACCUGUAGGGUAAGAAAGACAUGUAGGGAAAAGCAGACCUCUCCUAUCUCACUGUUACGGAGACUCUAGACUUGAGUGAGGAACAUUGCCUUAAGGGAAAAGAAUAGGUCCUUUACUUGUGUAUCAUGAUUUUGUUGAGUGGCAAACUAUCAAGUGAGACUUAAGAAUACCAAAAAGCUUGUCUAGGCUGGUACUUGUAGACAGAAGCUGCUCUUCUCUCCUAGGGCAAAAAUUACCCUUUUAUAACUUUUUGUAGUAUUUAGGUGAGAAAAUGAUUGGCAUUAUGAGCAUAAUGUUAUAACCUUUCAUUUACAAAGCAUAUUUUGAAUCAAAUACCUCAAGGUCUACCUAGACCUCUGGAUAAAGCUAUUACUUUAUGAUUUUUAGCAACUGCAGGGCUUGAGGGGCAAACUGCACACAGAUGCCAUGGAGAUCCAGUCGGUUCCACGAAUGUAUGUUGCUAGAUUUUGGCCUCACUGGUACUUUUCUUCCGAGGAUCGUUUUGAGUAUCCCGACCACUAGGGCUGCUUAUGCUUUGAUGUGCGAGUGCGAGAGUGUCAAGACGUGAGUGUAGACAAUCUCCUGUGAAACGUCAACUACAUUUUAUAAUGUUGCACACUUUUUAUAUCUUCCACAAGGUUUCUUGCCCUUCUUUGAUGUUAACUGUCUUCUUGUGUUGUAAGUCUCUUAACUCACCCCUGCACAAAGCCAUGCAGUCCUUUAAUAUAGCUUGGUCUCCUGUCUUCCUAAUAGUUUUAAGUACCAAGUAAAAAUGCAAAUAUCCAAAGGAUACAGUUUGUAUCUGACUCUUGUGUGCUACUUUAUUUCUAAAAUUUGUAGUUUUCAAGUGUUCAUUCACAGAAAAACAUAUUGCCCUGUAUAGUUGUGUGCUUUACUCUGAGUGGUUGACAUCCAACUCACUAGCUAUAGUAUGAUAAUAUCUCUUGGACUGAAUGAGUUCAUGCAGUGGAAAGGAUGUAUCUAUUUUUAGAGAUUCAUUAGUCUUCACUUACUUUUUGAUAAAUAUGUCACUGUUAAAGGAAAAGAUGAUUUAGAUUAAUACACAUUUCAUCCAACUUUCACUGGAAGAAUUGUAGACCAUCCUGGGUCAAGAAUACUACUGACAAGUGAAAAAAAAGCAAUAAGAUCUGUAAAUAUCUUACAGAUACAAUAUCUCUACACUCACUCCUCCCCAAUCUUUUUCUUUUUUAAGUGUACCUAUUUUGGUAAUUGUUCCCAGAUUCUGUCUGCCUUGCAUAUUGUAAGGACUUAUUAAAUAUUUAUUAAAUUUAUGAUUGAUUAACUGAAGAUAGGAAAAUUAAUCAUGAAGGAUGCGUAGAGUGAGUUAUGAUUGAGAAAUUGAUGGAAUAGAGCACUGAAUUGUCAAUGAAUGAUGUAUUCUGCCUUCAUGAUACUUAGGAGCAGCUAUUGCAUAUAGAAUACCUUAAUUUAGAUUUUUUUCUUCAUUAGACUACUUUGUUUAUGCUUGUUAAAUCCCAGCCAAGAAAUGCAUCUGUAUGAUAUCAAUUAACUGUACUUUAAUGUAUUUUAAAAAUUCAUAGAAGAAUGAAGACCAUUUUCAUUAAGAACACUGCUUCCUAUUCAUUUAUGAUGUUGGAGGACAGAUCUUGCCCAUAGAGCCAGAGCCACUUUGGGGUAUCUGAGGAAACUGAUUUCAGAGAUUUGUUGAUCUGUAUCUCUGCAUAAGUAGUCAUUUUAUGCUUCUCUUUUUCCCCUCCACAACUUGAACGUUUUUGGAUAUUUCUUAAACCUGUGAGUCAUUUUUUUAAACAUCAGGAUUUGAUACCUUUUAGUGUCCCCUUUUUCUUUUCUAUGUUUUAGCAUUUUAUUACCUCUGGGCCCAGACUUUGAGUCAUAUUUCUUAUUCCAGUCGUACAAUUCUAAUUUAAAUUCAAGGCUUCAUUAUUUAUCAGAUUAAAUAUACAAGAUGUCACACAAAGCCACAUAAGUCUUCAGAUAAGGACUUAGUAACCCAAGACAUGCCAAUAGAAGUCCUUGGAUUUUUAUGUGGCUUUUUUUGUAGGAAUGCAUAUAUAUGGUGAUACCCUAUCAUUUAGAUAUAUUCAGGUCAUGUGAAUUUAUGCUUGUCUAGGUAUAUACAUGUAUGUGUGUGUAAAACUUAAUAUUUUUGAGAACAAAUUGUCAGUCUAGUAUUUUUCUCUUAAUAGCACAAGAUGAUAUCUGACAUGAGGGCUAAAUAUAAAUUAAGAAUGCUACCACUUGCUAUGCAAUAAUCUAAUUUCUACCUUAGUUCCCCUGUUACAGAAGAUGCUAAAGAUUUAGUUUAUCAAAGGAAGUUAGAAAACACUUUUUUUUUUUUGCAAAAAGCCUUUGUAAGCUUAAUUAUUUUCUUACUAGAAAAUUACAUUUUAAAACUUUUAAAUAUUUAAAGUAUGCUAGAAAAUUUGAACAGCAUUGUAACAACUGAACUUUUUGUCUUCUAAAUAAAUUUCUCAAAUAGAGCUAUACAGACCCUAGCACUUUACAUGCUGCCAGCCUCCUGUGCCUGGGUGUACUCUGUGACGUGCUCCUCUUCACUAGAGAGGUACGUGAAGGCGGAGGAAGGCUUAGGCAAGUUCAGUGUUACGACGGCAGUGAGCAGGAAAAGUCCACCCUGAGGAUUCCACUCACCAUCACAUAGUGUCUUUUAAAAACUAACUGUGCAUACUGUGUUUAUUUGAGUGCCUUUCUUACUUUUUGCUGAAGCAAGAUUAUGUUUAAUUAACAUUUAGGUAAAAAUCAAAGGGUGAAAAUUUUAUUAAACUGUUGAUUGAUUAGUUAUUUUAUUUAUUCCAGCUGCUAGGCAUGGUCUAGUGGAAUAUUUUAUCCUUAAGUGAGUUACUGAUAUGAGCAAGAAGGAUGCUUUGGUUUUCAUUUCACUAGUUAGCAUUUUCAAGCACCCUACCAGGAAGAAUUAGUUCUUUCUCAGUAACAGCUAACUUUUUCGGGAUUGGAGGCAUCACGUUUAAGAGGAUGGCAUAUUCAUAACUAAAGAUCAGCCUGAAACCUGUGCAGCCCAUAUUUAAAGGGAAACAGUGGCUCUCUGUCCUAACAGAAAUGCCAUAUGGUUGUCCUAAGUGAAUCCUUUGCCUCAUUUUAAGGACUUUUAAGAACUCCUUCCAAAAUUCAGGCUGAUGGAUGAUAGUUGAGAGGGGGAAAAAAAAGGAAGUUUAAUCUUUUCAAAUAUUGAAGGAACAGAAGUAAAUAAUGAGAUGAAAUUUAAAACGUGGCUUUUUAUGUAUUUGGGUGUGAAGAGGGGAAGGAUCAGAAUUCCAUAUUUCCAGAUAGCAAAUAACUGUUAAUUAUAAUUUCAUUAAAACAUAUAACUUAAGAUUCCAAAGUGCUUUUGAGAGAACUAUUGAAUAUGUAUUCCUAAAGGACAGCAAUGGGUCAUGUUUAUGGUAGAAACAGAAAACUAUUGUGUCAGUUGUGGGUCGGGGGGUUAAUGACCUCAGGUUCCCAACUUGACUUCUGUAUUCUCACCAGGCCAUGUUAACACUAUAAAACCAAACUGUUUACUUAAAAAAAAGAAGAAAAAAAUAGCAGUAGCUUAUUCUGUUGAUGAAAUCUUGUGCUUCCAAGCAUAUCAGCUAUAUAUAGUUUGUGCUUUCUGCACAAUAAUAGGGCCGACAAAGCUUAACCCUGGCACUUCUUUUAUUAAUCUGUUGUUAUUCCUCAGGGUGUAGAAAAUUUAGUAAAUUUAGGACAAAACUUUAUAUUCAGUGGCAAAAAAAAGGUGAAAAUAUGCUAAUAUAUUACUAGCUCUUAAAAAUGUUAGUAUAGAUAGUAUUUUUUAUAAACUACUACCAUUGCAGUAGCUCAUAGACGCUCAGUGACUGCCUCCUUGCUCAUCUCACUGCUUUAGUCCCUGUGGCUCUAUUGUGAAUGUUCUCUUACACAUGUCUUCUACAGAAGUGACUUUGUAUUGUAUUAUUUUCCAUGUUUAGCAGAGGUAGGGGUGUUUUAGUUGACCUAAGUCUCGGUUUCUGGAAAUCCUGUUGAAAAAAUGAUUACUGUUGGUUUUCAAACUGGUAACUCUUUUGCUUCUUAAAACUUCAGUUUCCCUGAGAGAGUGUUUUGUGUGGAGGCCUUGUAUACAUGUUCAGUACACUGCAUAAUGCCUUGCAUCUUGUAGGAACUCAGCGGGUCAGAAUUGUUAAAGGCUAGAAAGUUAAAACUAGCUUGUUUAUCUUAGCACUGUCCGUAUCCGUAGCUUCAGGAGAAAUACAGUAUUGUGUUUAAGAUACAUAAUCAGGUUCAAACAUACAAAACAAUGAUAUACAGCUGUAUAACAUUGUAAGUGAAAUUUAGAUACUUUUAAGGCAUACAAAUGUGUGUGUAUUCACAUAUAUAUAUGUAUAUAUAUUUAAGUGAGAUUUGGAAUUUCAACUUAUAUAGUGGUUUUACAAAGAUUUUUAUCCAAAGGACUUUUAUUUUCGUACUUGCUUGAAGUGCUCCUGUUUAAAAGCAGUUUUCUUUAUUACACCAGCCCCCCUCAAGCAAAAUUGGAAACCUAACACAAGUGCCCGUUUGCUUGAAUGAACCAGAUAUUGGUGUAAACUAUUCAUAGUAAAUCUUUGGUUGCUUAUGAACCAUGACAUUUUGACUCUUCUUCCAUACCUAUAGGGAAUCAGCCUUAAUUUUAUGUAUGGCAGUCACUUUCCUCAAAGUACUAUGCAGCACACUUCAAAUGUUUAUCUUUAUAAAGCGAUCAAUAAUAAAUUUGAGAUUUUUCAAUAUCAUAGGGAUGAACAGUUUCACACGUUCAGAUAUUGAUUCAUACAGCAGUCUGUUAGAAAUGCUAAUACUUUAUCCUCCCUCACAAAUGUCAUCUUGCAUUUGGAGCAGACUUUUUUUUCCUAUUAGUUAAAGAACAAGUAUAGGCUGAAUGCACUCAUAGUAGGUGCUCAGUAAAUACUUGGUGGAUUAUUGAUCUAACAUCAGUGUAACAGCUUUCAGAAAGGAGACUUGUCAUUUUCUCAUUGAAGAGUUUAUUUUUAUAGUAAUAUAUGUUUGAAACUGGAAAUUUUUCUCAUUUGAUAUGAAUUAGGCUUAUUUAGGUUGGAGUUAGUAACAUGUAAUAAAAAAUUUUAAAUUGUUUAUGUAGAAAUGAUCUGAAGAUAGAUAUGAAAAGUUUAAGUAGUAUCUCUGUGCAAGGCACAUUCAUGAAUGUGAUUAAAUGUCUUAAUAGGCUGCUGAACUCUAGAGAGAAUUGCUAUAGUCUUCUGCAAUCAGAUUCUCUGUUGGUCUGUCUAGUAUUUUCUAGUAUCUCUCUCUGCAUGUGUGCUCAGUAGUGUCUGACUCUUUGCAACCCCAUGGAGCUGUAGUCCACCAGGCUUCUCUGUUCAUGGGGUUUCCCAGGCAAGAAUACUGGAGUGGGUUGCCAUUUCCUACUCCAGGGGAUCUUCCUGACCCAGGGAUCAAACCCACAUUUCUUUGUCUCCUGUAUUGGCACGCACCACCUGGGAAUCUCUGUUUUCUGGUAUAAGUUCUGUUUAUUUCUCCCUAAGUCUUGGUUACUUUCCAGUGUCUUAAAAGUAGUCAUCGCAAAAUGAGGGAGAAAUUUGUAUGAAUAACCUAGUAGUUUGAGUCUGUUAAUUUGUGACUUUCAGAGCAUUUUUGACAGAGUUUACCUAAUACAAACAUUUAAACAGUUUAAAAACAAGCAUUCCAACCUGAGAUGUGACAAGCGGAAUAUGCAGCGCAGGCACAGUUAGGCAGGCCUCCUGAUGGGAUUGUUGAUGAGCGACUAGCACUGGCUUCUGACUGAGGUGACCACUGUCGGUAUUGUAUGUUGGUAUUUGUUGUUCCUAGGAGAAUAAUGGUGUAUAUAUGGAGUAUGUACUAGGUUAACUUGUUUUUGAAUUGGACAAAAUAGAAGAUGAGAUAUUUAUAAAUACGCCAAAUAUUUAUACACCCUGCUACAAAGAAACUAAAAAAAGUAAGAAAAUGCUAAGAGAGCAGUGAUCUUAUUUUUUCUUCAUAGCUUCUAAAAAAAAUUUUUUUUCACCUCAAGUCUCUUGGACACUAGGCAAUUGCUUACUUUAACACUGAGGGACUUUAAAGUAUAGUUCUCAGACACUAUAUUCUGCUAUUAGAUUUCACCAGGUCUGUUAAUUUUACAUGCUUAAAGAUUUUCCAGAAAAUGGAGUAAUUAAGUUGCAGUCAGUGUUAAGAUUAAAUGAACAAUGUAGAUUAUGAUUAAAUGGGACAAGUUACAUGUAUGAUCUGUGGUGCAAGGUCAGAUCCUGGAUAUUAAAGAUGAAUUUGGCUAACUUAUUUUACUGAAGAUACUAAUUGCCUUCACUCUGAUUGCGCUGCUAUUUUUCUUAAACUAUUUUCCCCCAGUAUUACAGUCGGCAUUGAAUUUCAUUUAGCAUUUACCAUAUUCUAGUUGACGUUUUUUAAGGAUUAAAUAUUUUGUGAAUUCUUUUUACACUUAAAACGUGUACCUUGCAGAGGGAUAAAAAUAAAUUUUGUAAUAAUGUAUUUACAGUAUGUGCUUAUGGUGUUCUGGGAGCUAAUACUCCAGAGUGCUUUAAGAGUGAUAAAUAAAUUCUAAGGCUUAUAUAAUGACUAUAGAUUUUCUGUAUCAGCACUGUCCAGUAAAAACAAAUGCAAGCCACAUAACGUAAUUUAAAACUUUAAAGCUAGUAGCCACGUUAAAUAAAGAAAUACAUAAAAUUACCUUUAAUAAUAUAUUUUAAAUAACCCAAUAUAUUAAAAAUAUUAUCUUUUACAUGUGUAACCUAUAUACAGAAUUGAGGUGUUUUACCUUUUUUUCCCCAUAGAAAGUCCUCAACAUUCAGCUUGUAUUUUGCACUCAUGAGCAUCUCAGUUCUGACUAGCUACAUUUCAAAUGCUCAAAAAGCCACUUAUGGCUGGGGGCUGCUCUGUUGGACAAAGCAGAUUCAUAGAGUACAAAGUAUGGCUUUGUUUUAAUUUAGAGAUGCUGAGGUAGGCAUGAAAUUAUGGUACUUUAAAAAUUAUUUAUUAUACUUAGAAGAGAAUCGAACAGAAUUAUCCACUUGUUUUUCUUUUCCUUCAUUUUAAAUUUUCUUUAGAAGUUGGCUCAACCUGUUUCAUUUUGCCAAGCCUUAUUUGAGGAAGUUAUUCCAUGCCUUGUAAAAUACCAUAAUAUACUAAUUAUAACCACACAUUAUUAAAAAUACAUUUUUCAAUGUGUUCACUAAAUUCUGUCCUGUUUCUUCAAAAUAAUAGCUUAAAUUGCAUGUUAAUUGUAUAUCUGUACCUAUUUUGUUCUUAUCAUUAUAAUACAAUAAUGUGUAUUUAGCAAAUAGCCCUAGGAUUCUAAUCUUCCCAUGCAGCUGUCCUCCAGUACUUAUUGGUACACUUAUUAAAUUGUAAUAAGUUGCAAAAAAGUAGAAUGAAACUCUUCUUUUUUUUCCAUUAGAUUUGUUUUUAUCAUGUGACCAUGUGUACCAAGCCAGCUAUAAAUUACUAUAUUUCUGUAGAAUAUGGAAAAUAGCGUUUAUGUCUUAUCUUUGCUAAAUGUUUGCAAUUUUAAAGUAAAUUUUUCAUCUCCUAAAA